UUGGUCGGGUGGGAACGCAGUUGCAGUCGCGUGGUGUACAGUGUUGUGUAGUGUCUGGACAUGAAUGAUUGUGUUGAAUUGUGGACUGACCAUGUACAUUGCAGUUGUAACACGGGCUACGUCAUGGAUAACUGGAGUACUGGGAAAGGCCGCUUGUACCCUGCCUACAGCCUUAGUGGCUCGGAGGGGGAGGCUGAGUCUCCCACACACCAUUACCGAUCUCUGAGACGCCAACAUCCGCAACAACAGCAGCAUCCGCUGGUUGCUACUAACAGUCCGUACCAGCAACAUACGUACCAGCAGCCAUAUCAACACCAAUACCAGCAACCUCAACAGCAGCAACUACAGCACCCUGCAGGACUUAGCGAUACACCGACAUCGGAGAAUGCUUCGGACGCGACGUUAACGGACUCAGAAUUGGCCCUCGCCAGAGACUCCACUCUUCUCGUCCAUAACGGCUCACUGUUGGACAGUGCUCCACCUGAUGUACCACCUCGAAACCCCUCGAUGAAUCGACUAAACGGUCGCGUGGCCACGGGGAUCAUGGGGAACCCCGCCGACCGGGACGGCGAUUUUGAGCCCUCAUACCUCGUGAGGACACCGUCGGGCAAUGUCUACAUUCCCACAGAUGUACCGAAGGAUUCUCCUUUGGACUACAAGUCCAAUUCAUCAUGCAGCAGUCCAUCUAAAGGGGAUAUUCAGAAAAACUCUGAACGAUGUUCCUUGCCAUUCGGGACACCUGUUCCAGUCCUGCCCGUCCGUAAUAACUUGCGCCGCCCAAACUCGAGCCAUUUUCCACAAUCACGGUUCCAGUUUCGGAAAGGCCUCACUUCAAAAUGUACUUGGAAGUGUACUGCAAUUGUAUUCAUUAUUUUAUCAGUUGUACUUGCAGCAGCGCUGACAUAUAUGUCAGCGGUUAACCUAUUAAACUGGUCAUAUCAGAGUGCCAAAUCUUGCACAGUUCUUGUUGGAGAAAACACAGAAGUUUUCCCCAAGACGUCUGCUGAAACGAAUCGUUCGUCCAGUCGUCCUCGACCUUCUUCGGGAGGUAAAUACCUACAUGUUGGUGGCAAUGCUGUGUAUUCAUAUUCUUCUUCUUCUUCACCACCACACAGUAAAUCAGCCCCAAUGCACCUUCGUUGGCAUAGAUCAGUUAACCAGCAUGCCUUACCUUCUCCUAAUGUUGGUAUGAACAGUGACACUCCUGUUGCUGCCCAUGAUGUUGAUGAUGUAGAUGUUGCUGUGCAUGUUGACAAUUUAACUUCUGUGAGUUUGGUGCAUGACAGUAAGUCUGGCAGCACUGCUGAUGUUGCUGUCACAGACGAAGGAGGGAAUUUGAUCAGAGAAGGAGAUAUUUUUGUAUCGGACUUGCACCGGCAUGCCAAUGUGUCUGUCCUGCUUAAUGUGAGUGUUCCCAAGACUAAUGAUGCAAUUAGCAAUGCCAACAUUGAUGAGGGACUUUUAGAAGAAGAGGAGGGUAGUGGCUUUAUUCCAACCAGAAGACAUGUUGCAGACAUGCAUAAUCCUCCUUCUGAUUCUGUUCAACAUGACCAUCCUCCUGUGUAUUCAUAUGGUCAGGAUGAGGUGGAAAUCAUUAGACUGAACCAUGAGUCAGUGACCCUCAAGUCAGGCAAUAACAGUCUCCCACCACAUACAAGCCCAGAUGCCAACAAACUCAAUAAUGAAGUUAAGGACAUUCCUUCAUUUGAAGGUGACGAUAUUGACACUGAAGAUACAGAAGAUGAAACUGGCAAGGCUGAACAUGAAAAGGGUACAACUGGAAAGUCUGUAAUCACUACCACUUACCUGUCUGCAUUUCAGUCUGAUGCUACAACAAUGCAAUAUAAAGAUGAGUCAAAAUCUGACAUUUCUCUGUUUCAUACAUCCGUAGAGGCUCCUUCACAGUCAGAGAAACUAGAAGCAGAUAUGGUAAACAGUGCUACUGAAUAUAAUUCCCAGUCUGUUGUUAAGCAUGUUUCACCAGAGCAUGGUUCAAAAUUAAUACCACAUUCUGCAUCUGAGAGUGUCCUUAACAGCCACGCUGAAAUGCCUCAUAAUAUUGUGAAUGUAAGUACAUCAUUAACAGCUUUGCCAAAAGUCAAUGUGUUGGAACUGACACCCGAUUUAAAUGGCUCAUCUAGACAUGCUAAACGUGUGCUUGUGAAUGUAACAAUAGCCACCGAGGAUGCCGAUCAAAGCAAUGAGACUGGCUAUCACUUGAGUAACCACCAACCUGUAUACGUCCUCUCUGUGUCCGUUCCCACCAGCGGUGAUAGUGAGAGAGUGGCAGGCCUUGAUAUGAGUCCCGCAUCCCAGAAUGUUGCCUCUGUCCUUCUUGGUUUGAGCAAUGAGAAUGGUACUCAGACUUUGAUCUCUAAGCAUGAACAACCAGCCCCACUGCCAUCACUGCCACCAACCACCACUACCCUCACCCCUCCUCCUCCAACUACUGCUUUCCAACUGUGGGGUGGAGUAUGUGAAUGCUCUUGCCCAUGUCUCGAUAAUUCAGAGAACGAAACUGACCCGGACUUGGAAAAUGACAAUUUAGUGUCUGCCUCAACUGACACAUCAGUAUUUAUAGAAAAUGUUACAGUUCCCACAACACAGCAAGGAAAUCUCACUGGGCAAGAGAAACAAAUUGGUGACAUAGUUCUCAUACCUGAAACUGUUACAAUAAUAGAAGACUCCAGCACCACAUCUGAAAUACUGGCAACAGAGCCUGAUGAAGUCUCGACUGUGCCCUCGGAUGUGACCAUGACAGACAUUCCUGUGAAGAAGAUAGAAACCACUACAGUGGAAACAUCACCCUCACCAAAUUUCACAUAUAGCCCCUCUUCUGAGUUUACUGAUGAGUCUUCGAAUGCAGAGGUUUUGAUCAGCUCAUCUCCGUCACCCAUGCUGGAGAAUGUGUCAUCCACAUCUGUCAGUGAUGUAAUGACUGAGGUGUCAGCAGGUUUUACCAGCACCGAGAGUAACAGGCAGGACUGCCCAGUAGCCCCCACGGUCACUCCUCCUCCACCGCUCAUCCUCGUACUCAAAGGUGGCAAAAUUCCACCGAGAUCAUUUCCUCCUGAUGGAACAACUUUUUCACAAAUUUCUUUGGGUAAAAAAUUAUCAAAGGACAUUCCUCCAUAUAGUUAUUGGAACAUGCAGUUUUAUCAAUCAGAAGCCGCCUAUGUCAAGUUUGAUUACAGCAUUCCACGUGGUGCUAGCAUAGGUGUCUAUGCACGACGAAACGCGCUACCAACGCACACACAGUACCACAUCUUAGAUGUUUUAAGCGGUUUCAAGGCAAGAAGCAAAAGAGGUUCACACCCAACAGUGAAGAAAGAAGUGACUCACUUUAUGGAUCCUGGCCACUGGUUCCUGUCUCUGUACAAUGAUGAUGGCGAUGCACAGGAAGUCUCAUUCGUUGCUGUCAUCUCAGAAGAUAUGACACAGAACUGUCCUAAUGGUUGCAGUGGGAAGGGAGAAUGUUUACUGGGACACUGUCAAUGUAACCCAGGGUUUGGAGGAGAUGAUUGCAGUGAAAGUGUAUGUCCUGUUUUGUGUAGCCAGAGAGGGGAUUAUAUCAAUGGUGAAUGUCAGUGUAACCCAGGGUGGAAAGGCAAAGAGUGCAGUCUUAGGCAUGAUGAAUGUGAGGUCCCUGACUGCAAUGGUCAUGGUCACUGUGUCAAUGGGAAAUGUGCUUGUGUCCGUGGUUACAUGGGCAAGUUCUGUGAGGAGGUGGACUGCCCUCAUCCCACUUGUUCUGGACAUGGGUUCUGCGCAGAAGGCAUUUGUAUUUGCAAGAAAGGAUGGAAAGGAGCAGACUGUAGCCAGAUGGAUAGUGAUGCCCUUCAGUGUCUCCCAGACUGUUCAGGUCAUGGUAGCUUUGACCUUGAGACUCAGACCUGUAGCUGUGAACCCAUGUGGUCAGGAGAUGACUGCUCAAGAGAGCUCUGUGACCUGGACUGUGGACCACAUGGUCACUGUGUUGGUGACUCAUGUAUGUGCAAUUCUGGAUGGUCUGGAGAUUACUGCAGUGUAAUGAACAUGGACAAUGUAAAAAUGGCACGUGCUUGUGCGUGACGGGAUGGAACGGACGUCAUUGUACUAUGGAAGGCUGUCCAAACAGCUGUAGUGGACAUGGUCAGUGUCGAGUCAACAGCGAUGGUGCAUGGGAAUGUCGCUGUUAUGAAGGUUGGGAUGGACGAGACUGUAGUGUUGCUUUGGAACAGAGCUGUAGUGAUGGAAGGGACAAUGAUAAAGAUGGUCUAACUGACUGUGAAGAUCCUGAGUGUUGCUCCAAUCAUCUAUGUCGCAGUAGUCAACUCUGUGUGUCAGCUCCCAAACCUAUUGACAUUCUACUCAGGAAACAGCCCCCUGCCAUUACAGCAUCUUUCUUCGAGCGAAUGAAGUUCCUUAUAGAGGAAGGAAGCCUCCAAAAUUAUGCUCGCCAGGAAACAUUCAACGAAAGUGUGUUCUGGAAUCACUUCAACACCAGCCGAUCAGCUGUGGUGCGGGGACAUGUUGUGACAUCGAUGGGUAUGGGACUGAUGGGCGUACGAGUGAGCACAAGCACUCCUCUGGAAGGUUUCACACUUACUCGCGAAGAUGGAUGGUUUGAUCUUUUGGUAAAUGGUGGAGGAGCUGUAACCCUCCAGUUUGGACGCAGCCCUUUCCGACCCCAGAGCCAUAUUGUCAGUGUUCCUUGGAAUGAGGUUGUGAUUAUUGACACAGUUGUAAUGGAGAUUGGAGAUGAGAAAGCUGUGCCUUUGGUACCUCACUCAUGUGCUGCUCAUGACUAUGACCUCAUGAAACCAGUGGUGCUUGCAACAUGGAAACAUGGCUUCCAGGGAGCUUGUCCAGAUAAGAGUGCAAUUCUAGCCGAGUCACAGGUUGUGCAAGAAAGCUUGCCUAUCCCAGGUACUGGCCUCAAUCUUGUAUACCACAGCUCUCGUGCAGCAGGCUAUUUGUCCACCAUCCAGCUUCAGUUAACACCAGAAACAAUCCCAGCUUCACUCAAACUCAUCCAUCUUCGAAUCACCAUUGAGGGAAUUCUUUUUGAGAAGACCUUUGAAGCUGAUCCAGUCAUUAAAUUUACUUAUGCCUGGAAUAGGCUUAAUGUUUAUAGGCAACGUGUUUAUGGUGUAACAACUGCUAUGGUUAAGGUUGGCUAUGAGUACAAUGAUUGCAAGGACAUUAUUUGGGAUGUACACACAAAGCUCAGUGGACAUGACAUGAGCAUCUCUGAAGUUGGAGGAUGGAAUCUUGACAUUCAUCAUAGAUACAACUUCCAUGAAGGCAUACUUCAAAAGGGAGAUGGUUCCAAUAUCUAUCUGAAGCAUAAGCCACGAGUAAUAUUGACUUCAAUGGGUGAUGGACAUCAGCGCCCUCUUGAUUGUUUUGAGUGUGAUGGCCAAGCAUCUAAACAGAGAUUAUUGGCUCCAGUAGCUCUUGCUGCAUCUCCUGAUGGUUCUAUCUUUGUUGGGGAUUUCAAUCUGGUCCGAAGGAUCCUCGUGGAUGGAACAGUGAGGACUGUUGUGAGACUGAAUGCAACACGCGUGUCUUAUCGGUACCACCUAGCUCUCAGUCCACUGGAUGGAGUUUUGUACAUCUCAGACCCAGAAUCCCAUCAGAUCAUCCGAGUAAGGAGCAUAGAGGACUACUCAGAUCCUGAUCACAACUGGGAAACUGCAGUCGGCUCGGGUGAGCGGUGCUUGCCAGGGGAUGAGGCACAUUGCGGAGAUGGAGCACUUGCAAGAGAUGCCAAACUUGCAUAUCCGAAAGGAGUGGCUGUCUCAGCUGACAAUGUGUUGUACUUUGCUGAUGGCACCAACAUUCGUAUGGUUGAUCGUGAUGGCAUUGUGACAACUGUUAUUGGCAAUCACAUGCACAAGUCCCACUGGAAACCAAUUCCUUGUGAAGGAACUCUAAAUGUGGAAGAGGUUCACUUGCGUUGGCCAACUGAACUGGCAAUCAGCCCUCUAGACAACUCCUUGCAUAUCAUUGAUGACCACAUGAUCCUGCAGUUGGCUCCUGAUGGUCGUGUCAAAGUUGUAGCUGGACGCCCAUUACACUGCCCAUCACCCGUCGGAGGCUAUGAUACUGAACUGGCAACACAUGCUACAUUAGUGAUGCCACAAAGCAUCGCAUUUGGCCCCUCUGGAGACCUGUAUGUGGCCGAGAGUGACUCGCAGAGGAUCAACAGAGUGAGAGUGAUUGGAACUGACAGCAAGAUCUCCCAUUAUGCUGGAGCUGAAUCCAAGUGCAAUUGCUUGGACCGCGGUUGCGAUUGUUUUGAAGAAGACCAUUUCUUGGCUUCCACAUCUAAGUUCAACACCAUCUCCUCCGUGGCUGUGACACCUGAUGGUAUUCUGCAUAUAGCAGAUCAGGCAAAUUACAGGAUUCGAUCAGUAACAGCCAGUAUCCCGGAUGCAAGUGUAUCGCGAGAGUAUGAGAUAUUCUCCCCAGACACACAAGAGAUCUAUGUGUUCAACCGAUUUGGACAACACAUUGUGACUCGCAACAUUCUCACUGGAGAGACAAGUUACCUCUUCACAUAUAAUGUGAACACGAGCAAUGGGAAACUGAGCACAGUGACAGAUGCUGCAGGAAAUAAGGUGUUCCUCCUGCGUGACUAUUCAAGCCAGGUUAACUCCAUUGAAAACACAAAAGGUCAAAAAUGCAGAUUACGGAUGUCACGGAUGAAGAUGUUGUAUGAACUGAGUACACCUGAUAAUUACAAUGUCACAUUCGACUAUCAUGGUCCAACUGGAUUACUCAAAACUAAACUUGACAGUACAGGACGUAGUUAUGUCUAUAAUUAUGAUGAAUUUGGACGCUUAACAUCUGCUAUUACACCAACUGGAAAGGUCAUCAGUCUUUCAUUUGAUCUCAGUGUAAAAGGAGCUACUGUGAAAGUUACUCAGAAUAACAGGAAACCUGUGUCGAUGCUCAUCAAGGGCUCCAGUGUUGUCACUAGGCUAGGUGAAGCAGAACACCGAACUUUGGUUCUGGCAGAUGGCAGUGUGGUCAACAUGGCUCCUUGGUCUCAUACUGUGAGUACCGAUACUGUUCCCUACACAGUUCUGUCAGACAUUGACCCUGUGUUGGGUGAGAGCUUCCCAGUUCCAGCCAAGCAGAAAACUGAGAUUGGAGGAGAUCUGGCUAAUCGUUUUGAAUGGCGAUAUUUCUUACGGCGAGCCCAAGGUGGUGGCAAAUCUGGUGGUGGCAGAGGUAGCGGCAAGCCUGUGGUGCAAAUUGGACGGAAACUACGGGUUAAUGGUGAAAACCUGCUUACUACAGAAUAUGAUCGUGAGACAGGAACAGUGGCUGUUUUCAUGGACGAUCGCAUCACUGAACUUCUAAAUGUGACUUAUGAUCGUACUGCAAGGCCUGUCAAAUGGGGACCAAGGAACGGGAUUUUUGCUGGUGUGGAGUUAGAAUAUGAUCGCUUCAGUCGCCUGACAAGCUGGAAAUGGGGAGAUCUCACUGAGAGCUAUGGCUUUGACAGAGCUGGACGCCUUUCUGAGAUACGCUAUGGUGAUGGAUCAGCGAUGAUCUAUGCUUUCAAGGAUAUGUUCAGCAGUCUGCCUCUGAAGGUAACAACACCUCGAGGAAGUGACUACCUCUUGCAGUAUGAUGAGGCUGGAGCGCUGCAGUCACUAACAACCCCACGGGGACAUAUCCAUGCAUUCUCCCUUCAAACAUCACUGGGAUUUUUCAAGUACCAGUACUUCUCACCUAUGAACCGCCACCCAUAUGAGAUACUAUACAAUGAUGAUGGUCAGAUCUUGUUCAAAGUAUACCCACACCAAUCUGGUAAAGUGGUAUAUAUCUAUGAUCAAAACGGGAAACUGGAGACAAUCCUUGCAGGUCUUUCAUCCAUCCAUUAUACAUAUCAGGAGAGCAUGAGUCUUGUGAAGAGUAUCGAAAUUAUAGAACCAAACUUUGAGCUGAAGCAGGAAUAUAAGCACCAUGCUGGGAUCCUCAAGGAUGAAAGGCUCAAAUAUGGAAGUAAGAGUGGCCUAGACAAUGCUCAUUUCCGCUAUCAGUAUGAUGGAAAUGCCAGAAUAUCUGGUAUUGAUGUAGAGAUCAAUGGCAAGGAACUGCCUCAGUUAAGACUGAAGUACAACCAGAACUUGGGAAUGCUGGAAGGCGUCAGUGACCUCCGUAUCUAUCGCAAUACUUUCAACCGUUCGGUGAUGCAAGACACCAGUAAGCAAUUCUUCACCAUCACUGAUUAUGACAGCCAUGGUCGCAUAAAGUCCCUGCUUAUUAAUAUUAAGUCAUUUGAUGUGUACAGACUUGAGCUGGAUUAUGACAAACGCAACAGAAUCAAAACGCAGAAACUAAAAAUUGGUGCAACAUCCUCUACAGACCGAGUAACCUAUAAUGCUGAUGGUCAUGUGAUGGAAGUGAUAGGCAAUGGGAACUGGAAAUAUGUUUAUGAUGAGAAUGGUAAUGUCAUAGGUGUUAUCGAACAAGGCGAGAAGAUCUCCCUGGGGUAUGAUAGUGGUGACCGUGUGGUUCAAUAUGGUGAUGUAGAGUUCAAUAGCUAUGAUGGACGAGGUUUUGUGGUGCGAAGAGGGGAGCAGAAAUACCGUUACAAUUCCCGUGCUCAGCUUAUCCAUGCAUUUGAACGUGAUAAGUUCCAGACUUGGUAUUUUUAUGAUGAUCGUGGUCGCCUUAUAUCGUGGCAUGAUGAACGCGGCAAUGUAACACAAUAUUUCUAUGCCAACCCUAGUACUCCUGAUCUUAUCUCACAUGUUCACUUUCCUAAGACUGGUCGAACAUUUCGACUUCUGUAUGAUGAGCAUCAUGUACUUAUCACCGUGGAGACAUCUGAACAGCGGUUCUAUGUGGCAUCAGAUCCUAAUGGCUCACCACUGGCAUUGUUUGAUACCAAUGGCAACAUUAUAAAAGAAAUUCGUCGUACACCUUUUGGUAAAGUGACUAAGGAUUCAAAUCCAGACUUCUACCUUCCUGUUGACUUCCAUGGAGGAUUACUGGACCCUAACACAGGCCUUGUAUACCUCAACAAGAGAUUAUAUGAUCCCGUAGUAGGGCAGUGGAUGACUCCUGCCUGGGAGGAGCUGGCCAACCAACUCACUACACCAACAGAUGUCUUCAUCUAUCGCUUCAACAACAAUGAUCCUAUCAAUCGCAGACACAACAUUACAUAUAUGACAGACCUGCCAAGCUGGCUGAAGCUGUAUGGCUAUGAUGUGGACAGCAUGCUGGGAUCAUCUUACACUUCACGUAUGGUGUACCAGCCACGGGCAAUUGUGACGUCUCCUCAGCUUUCUCCUGACUUUGGUGUGAUGUCAGGGCUACAGUGCAUAGUAGACAAGAUGAACGAAAAGUUCAGUGACCUGGGCUUUGUUCCAAAGCCACUUCUGAAAAUGGAGCCCAAAACACGAAACCUUCUUCCACGAGUGGCAUACAGGAGGGCUGUAUUUGGUGAAGGAGUGCUCAUCUCACGGGUGGCGGGAAGAGCCAUGGUCAGUGUGGUAGAAGGUGUCAAUGGGGUUGUUCAGGAUGUGGUAACAUCUGUGUUCAAUAAUUCAUACUUCCUGGACUUGCACUUUAGUCUACAUGACCAAGAUGUGUUCUAUUUUGUGAAGGAUAAUGUCUUAAAAAUUCGCGAUGAUCAGGAGGAACUACGGCGUUUGGGUGGAAUGUUUAACAUCUCAGCACAUGAGACAGCAACUGAACAUGGUGGAGCAGGUGGCACUAAAGAGCUAAGGCUUCACAAUUCUGAUGCAGCUGUUUUCAUUCGAUAUGGUGCAGAUCCUGAACAGGAGCGUCAUCGCAUUUUCAAACACGCACACAAACGAGCUGUGGAACGAGCAUGGGAACUGGAGAAGCAGCUGGUGGCAGCCGGCUUCCGUGGGCGUGGGGAUUGGACCGAGGAAGAAAAAGAAGAACUUAUCCUGCAUGGGGAUGUGGAUGGUUAUGAAGGGGUGGACAUCCACAGCAUUCAUCGAUACCCCCAACUGGCAGAUGAUCCUGGAAAUGUCGCCUUCCGUCGGGACACAAAGCGCAAGAGAAGAAAGAGUAGUGGAGGAGGUCGGAGACUGAGAUCUCGUAGGCAUGACUCGUGAUUCUGUACGACCCCUGUUUGACUGCCGGCAGGCCAGACGAUGUCCUGUCAAGGAUUAAAUAUUGCAGAACUUUUAAAUGGUUCCAAAACAAACAGUUGUUUAAACAUCAUAAAACUUUUCCUUCCUCUGGUACUACAAACAUACCUGUGAAAAUACUCCUGGCAAAAAUCAGACAAAUGCAGGCAAUACUUAAUGAUACAUAACUAAAACUGCUUCUCUUUCAUCCUCAAGAGACCACUGAAAAUGGUCUUAACUAGUCCUUCUGUGUCCAUCACGAUAAUUCGUGACGAGCCAUGUGUAUGUGUGGAUGAGUUCUAGAAUGAGAGGUAAUAUCAUGUAUAUUUUAUAACUUUCCAGAGUGUGUGCAAUGAAUAUUUCCUACGAGACGGUAUCAAAACAUUUCAUAUGAUUAUCAUGUAUUUGAAUGGAAAUGAAAGAGUGGAAUGUAUGAAAGAAUCUUGAGACCCCAUUCGAUGACUAUGAACUGCUUCCAUGAGAAAUGAGUCAUUAGAGAAUAGAUAUGAGAGCAAGAGAAAGGAUUGUACAAUGUUGCUAUGCCCAGUGCAGGGUAUUUCCUUGAGGCUCUUAGAGCAGUGUAUAUAGAUGCUUGCAAAUUAGUGCUGAUGAAAUGUGACAGAAGAGCAGAAGAAAACAAUGGCACCAGCUUAACCUUGCAACAGAAUCCUUUCUUAUACAAGUUGCAUCUUCAGUAUAGCACACAACCCUUCUGAACAUAACCUCUCAACAUCAGAUUUCUUCAGUAACAUUAUGAACUUCCAAAUUGCAAUAUAUAGGCCUAUGGUGUUCUGUUUUUUAAAUUAAGACUGGAAUAUUGUGUUUCUGUCAGACACAGUAAGCACAGCAUAUAGUGGCAACAGAAGUAAUUGUGCUUUUUGGAAUAUCUAGCAUUUAAAUAUUUAAUAAUUAAAAUAAAAAAACAGGGUAGUCACCAAACCAAACAGAAAUACCAAUAAUUAAGUUAGAAGAACCCAUAAAUAAGCAUUCUAUGUUUCUGGUAUGAUAUUACUUUCACAACACAUAUUUCAUACUCCCUGGUACAAAUGAGUGUGUGUCCACCCCUUCUUUUUUUUUUUUAUACAAACCUAACUCGAGAAAAGUGUGCAGUGGUGAACAGUGUGCACAGCCCAAUUCUUCAGUAGAUAUCAGCCAAAAGAAAACUUACACAAGCUUUUUAUAGGAAGUACUUGAAAACCCAUAAUAUUCUGUUACUACAAUAUUGUACAUAUUCCGAAGAAGAGAACGAACCGUUCCUCGUUGUGCUUACAGUUGCAGACCCAGCUCUGCAAUUUCUAGAUGACUCAUCUUUCAGUGUCUGUGAUUUUGCAUUGCAAUAUAAAUACAGUAGUGUGAAUGCCAUUCAGAAUAUGUUUUAGGUCAGAAUUUUUUAUAAUAACUGCAGUUUUUAUUGAAUGGCAACUUUGAUAGUCUUAAAAGCAAGGGGGGUUGGCGUGUGUCAAGAUAUAGUUGUCGUCAAAGUGAAGGGUGUAAAAAAAUAGGACUCCAAAUAAUUUCCAGGCUAACAAGUUCUUGUGAGGCAAUUUUUUGUUUCAUAAAUAUGCUCACAUGGCUUCUAUCCUUGGUGCUUUAUAGUGGUAACAAGACAAGAGCUGUUCUAAUUGUACUUGGAAGUGAUGCUUUAUGAUUUCUGUGAAGUCUGUAAUGUAAUCUGGGUACAGUUUGUGGUAAUUCAUUCU